AUGGAAGAUGUCAUCAUUGACACUGGAAGACCUCUGAAUGCUCAGAAUCUGAAGAGCAUGGGAAUCAUUGAUCAAGUCAGAGCCAAACUAACACUUGAUACCUCUUGGGAAGAACUCAAAGAUCAGAGGGAGAUUCCCAACGGACUCUACCUGUUCUCCAAGAUUGACCCUCUAGAGGUAAUAGCCUACUAUCUAGAGGACCUUGCCAAGCAAGGGGUGGAUAUCUCUGAAUUCUCAGUGGACUGGCUACCUGAGCAUCCACCAAACUUCAUGAAGAGGAUGCGAGAGCCCUCUGAGAAGUCCAAGAAGGCGAAGAAAGCUAAGCUGGGAGAAUCCUCUAGAUCAAGACCCCUAGUUCCUCUGGCUGGCUCUCCAGGUAAGUCUGCAUCUUUCCCUCCCUCUGUCAAAAUUAAACUAAUUCCUUCUUCUCUGCCCCAAACAACCCCCAUAUACACCUCUGCUGAAACUCCUCCCUCAACCACCAGAUCUUCUAACCCAUUAUCUCUGAAAUUCAACCUCGCCACCACAACAUUACCUGUUUCAGAAGCAGAAAUGGUGAAUGAAACCACCUCACCAUCAUCAUCACCAUCUCCUCAAUCCCCACCUUACUACGAUCUCUCCUCUGAUACUGAACCAUCUGACCCUCAAUCCCCCACUAUGGCUCAGCUCAAAUCCUGUCCUCUGGCCUCUCAAAAGCCAUCACAUCCUGAACCUCAACCUGAAGUCACUUCCCCACCUCCGGAACAUCUAAAUCCAACCACAUCUGAACCACAACAAUCUGAACCAACCCAUUCUGAACCACAACCAUCUGAACCAACCCACUUUAAACCACAACCAUCUGAACCAACCCACUCUGACAUACCACCACCCAUCACUUCUGUUGACCCAACAACUCCCACACUUAAUCUAAAUUCCCCCAUCUCACCCUCCUCACCCUCCUUAGUCUCUGCCACUGAACUAGAAACUACCCUUCCUACCCUUGAAGAAGCAAUCAAGUUUUUUGAAGAGUCUUCAGUUGAGAAGCGCCUAGCAAGAGAAGCCGAGGAACGGGCAAGGAAGGAAGCUGAAGAGAUAGCGCAUCAAGAAGAACUUCAGAGAAUCAGAGAAGCUGAAGAAAAGGCUAUUGCUAAUGUUGAUGCUGCUGAGGCUAAGGCAAAAGCUAAAGCCGACGCUGAAGAAGUAACUCGCAUUGCUGAAGAAGUUGCUGCCAAAGCCAAAGCUGAUGAACUGACUCAGAAGGAGCACUCCAACUCUGGGUUCGUCCCUCUGGUCUUGAAGACUCUCGAAGAACUGCAGAAAGAACAACAGAUAGUUCGAGCCAGACUGGAUCAACAGGACUCUAUCAACGUUAACAUUCAGAACAUGUUAUCCCAGCUGCUCUAA